UCUCCAGAGCUCACCUAAGCCUGAGUUGUGUUCUGUUUGUGGGUCUUUUUGAAACAGUGUUCUUUCUUCUUUCAUUCUUUCUUUUCUUCAUUCUUCUUUUCUUCAGAGAUAAUGGAGAUAGAGAUGAGACAAUCAAAAUUCAAAAGAAUUUGUGUUUUUUGUGGUAGUAGUCCUGGAAAGAAGAGUAGCUACAAAGAUGCUGCGAUUGAACUUGGAAGAGAAUUGGUGUCGAGAAAUAUUGAUCUGGUUUAUGGAGGAGGGAGUAUUGGUUUGAUGGGUUUGAUUUCUCAAGCUGUUUAUGAUGGUGGCCGCCACGUAAUAGGAGUUAUCUCCAAAACUAAAAAAAAUAGACAGAUAACCGGAGAAACAGUAGGGGAAGUGAAGGCGGUCGCUGAUAUGCAUCAAAGAAAGGCAGAAAUGGCUAAACAUUCUGAUGCUUUCAUUGCCUUACCUGGUGGCUAUGGAACACUUGAAGAGCUUCUUGAAGUGAUAACAUGGGCUCAGCUUGGAAUCCAUGACAAACCGGUGGGAUUACUAAAUGUGGAUGGAUAUUACAAUUCCUUGUUAACAUUUAUUGAUAAAGCAGUAGAGGAAGGCUUCAUUAAUCCAACUGCACGCCAUAUAAUAGUUUCUGCCCCUACCCCAAAAGAGUUGGUCAAGAAAAUGGAGGAAUAUUUUCCACGACAUGAAAUAGUUGCCUCAAAGCUCAGCUGGGAGAUUGAACAACUAGAGUACUCUCCAAAAUGUGAAAUCUCAAGGUGAAGAGAAUUGGGAGAGGAGAAAAAGAAUUGGCACUUUGGCAAUGAAAUGGACUAAUUUUAGAUGACCAAAUGUUCCAAAGUGGGAUCUUUUUUCCUCCCUACUUUGUUUUUUUUUUUUUUUUUUUUUUUUUUUUUUUU